GCCAGGACUCAGUCAGCCCUAUUCGAACCACCCACACCGGGCAGGUGCGGGGCAGCCUCGUCCAUGUGAAGGGCACCGAUGCGGAGGUCCACACCUUCCUGGGAAUUCCCUUUGCCAAGCCACCUGUAGGACCACUGCGCUUUGCAGCCCCUGAGCCCCCUGACCCUUGGAGUGGUGUGAGGGAUGGGACCUCCCACCCRGCCAUGUGUCUGCAGGAUGCCAAAGCAAUGAACACACAGUCUCUGAAGCUGUUGAAUCUGACCCUGCCUUCCAUCCCCAUGUCAGAAGACUGCCUGUAUCUCAACAUCUUCACGCCUGCUCAUGCCCAUGAGGGCUCUAACCUUCCUGUGAUGGUAUGGAUCCAUGGUGGUGCGCUAGUUAUAGGCAUGGCAUCCAUGUACGAUGGUUCUAUUCUGGCAACCACUGAGGACGUGGUGGUGGUCACUAUCCAGUACCGCCUAGGUAUUCUGGGCUUCUUCAGCACUGGAGACCAGUAUGCCACUGGCAACUGGGGCUACCUGGACCAAGUGGCCGCCCUACGCUGGGUCCAGCAGAAUAUCGCUCACUUUGGAGGCAACCCUGAUCGGGUCACCAUAUUUGGCGAGUCUGCAGGUGGCACUAGUGUGUCCUCACAUGUGGUGUCUCCAAUGUCCCAAGGACUCUUUCAUGGUGCCAUCAUGGAGAGUGGGGUGGCCCUGCUGCCCAGCCUCAUUGCCAGCUCAUCUGAAGCGGUUUCUACAAUGGUGGCCAACCUGUCUGACUGUGGGCAGGUAGAGUCAGAGGCUCUGAUGAGCUGCCUUCGAGGCAAGAGUGAAGAGGAAAUGCUGGCUAUUACCAAGGCCUUCAAGAUCAUUCCCGGUGUGGUAGAUGGGGUCUUCCUGCCCAGGCACCCCCAGGAGCUUCUGACUUCUACUGAUUUUCAACCUGUCCCCAGCAUCAUUGGGGUCAACAAUGAUGAGUAUGGCUGGGUCAUUCCCUCGAGCAUGGGCACUGCUCACCCCCAGAAGAAAAUAGACAGAAGGACUGUGCAGGCUGCUCUGCAGAGAAGAGCAGCACAGAUGAUGUUGCCUGCUGAAUUUGGUGACCUGUUGAUGGAGGAGUAUAUGGGAGACAAUGAAGACCCAGAUACUCUUCAAGGCCAGUUCCAGGAAAUGAUGGAGGACUUAAUGUUUGUGAUCCCUGCACUCCAAGUAGCACAUUUUCAGAGUUCCCAUGCCCCUGUCUACUUCUACGAGUUCCAGCAUCGACCUGACUUUUUUAAGGACAUCAAGCCACCCCAUGUGAAGGCCGACCACGGUGAUGAGAUUCUCUUUAUCUUCAGAUCCUUUUUCUGGGGCAAGCAAGUUGAGUUCAGUGAGGAGGAGGAGCUGCUGAGCAGGAGGAUGAUGAAGUACUGGGCCAACUUUGCUCGAAAUGGGAACCCCAACGGAGAGGGCCUGCCCCACUGGCCACUGUUCGACCAGGACCAGCAGUACCUGCAGCUGGACAUCCAGCCUGCUGUGGGCCAGGCCCUGAAGGCACACAGGCUGCAGUUCUGGACCAAGACCCUGCCUCAGAAGAUCCAAGAGCUAAAGGGAGAUAAGGUGAAGCACACAGAUCUCUAGCUCCCUGUUCAGGGAGGGAGGGAAGGGCUAUGUGCAGAUGGGAUCUGCCUGUGGUGCCCAUACACGCCCACCCAGGAGCCAGGGUUGACCCYUUCAUUCAUGUWGCCAUUCAUCCACUCUUCAUKCAUCCAUUCAGCCAACACUCAUGAUGUUCAUUGCCCAGGCUGCCAUGAGUCCUCUUUUGUUAGACACACUCAGUCAAUCCCCCCAGGAAGCUGUGGACGGGUAAGCCCAGUGGAUGCCCACCUUCCUCCCCCCCACUGAGCUUGAGUUCCUUCCUCCCUACUCCCCUCUCUUUCUUUGUACCCUCUCUGUCCUCUCCUGCAAGUUUCCAUACCCUCCCACUUUGAGAGAGAUGUUUUAUGAAGUGGUGCUGACCUAGGUUUCAGAAACCCUUGCCCACCUCUCAGCAAGUCCCCCAUGUUCUCAUAUCUCAGAAAGCCUAAGAGAAAACCUAUACAUCAGAAGCUCCAGUGUCUUAGCCCAUCAGGCUGCUGUUACAAAUAUACAAUAAUCUAGCCAGACACRGUGGCACAAACCCCUAAUCCAAGCUACUCAGAAGGCUGAGGAGGAGAAUUAUCAAGUCCAGACUGGGCAACCUGGGGAGACCCGAGCUCAAAGCAAAAUAAAAAGGGCCAUGGAUGUAACUCAGUGGUAGAGUGUUUGCCGUUAUG